AUGGGAUAUGCAGGUGCUAUCCCAAGGAUAAGCAAAGCCCCAGUAAACAUCCAGAUCAAAUACUUACCCGCGGCACGUCGAAACUUUCAUGCAACCUCGCGCAGCCCAAGUCCCAUUCUCGAGCCGCGGUUGGAGGAUCAUGGCCGAGUCAUCCGCGACGAAUACUCGGUGAUCCGAGACAAAUAUGCCGCGCCAAAGCACCCCAUUGUUCUUGCACAUGGCCUCCUUGGAUUCGAUGAAUUGCGCCUAGCAGGUCCGUACCUCCCCGGCGUGCAAUAUUGGCGCGGAAUCAAAGAGGCACUUUCAGCGCAAGGCGUUGAAGUUGUUACAGCUUCGGUGCCUCCGUCUGCGACGAUAGAAGAGCGCGCAGAGGAGUUGGCGCGGGAUAUUGAAACCGGGGCGCGGGGGAGGGAUGUUAAUAUCAUUGCGCAUAGUAUGGGUGGCCUUGAUUCUAGAUACAUGGUCAGCAAACUGCAGCCACAGUUCAAAGUAUUGUCGUUGACUACCAUCGCGACCCCGCAUCGAGGAUCAUACGUGGCGGACUACGUCUUAGAUCAGAUUGGAGCCGACCGUCUACCCCAAAUCUACUAUACCCUGAACCGAAUGAAAGUCGAAACAGGCGCCUUUUCCCAACUAACCAGGAAGUACAUGUCUGAGACAUUCAACCCAAAUACACCCGAUGUGGAUGGCGUUCGAUACUUUUCCUAUGGUGCAGCGGUACAACCAAGUAUCUGGUCCGUCUUCCGACUUUCUCACAAAAUCCUAGCCCAGAUGGAGGGCGCGAACGACGGCUUGGUUAGUGUGGCUAGUAGUCGGUGGGGGGGAGACCAUGGGUAUAAGGGAACGCUGGAGGGUGUCAGUCAUUUGGACUUGAUUAAUUGGACGAAUCGGUUGAAAUAUUUGGCAGGGGAUUUGUUGGGGACUCCGAGGAAGUUUAAUGCCAUUGCGUUUUAUUUGGAUAUUGCUGAUAUGUUGGCGAAAGAGGGCCUUUGA